AUGACUCCUGCUCCUCGCGACACCUCGUCCAGUGUCACCGCUGGUCAUACGGACGACGAAGAAAACGGUGCGGAUGCCAAUUCGCAUCCGUCUCCCCCAGCAGCAGCGACGAACCCGUUUGCCGAUUGUAACGGCUAUUCUCCGCAACAGCGUCAACCCGAAGCGGACCAGCCGUCCUCUUCCGCGACCGCUGCUCGGCCUAACACUGGCUCGGAUGGUCGCAAGUACCUAACGGUGUCCACGAACAAUCACUUCUCCAAAAAGUCUGAGGAUGGCAAGCUGUCUCCUUCGGUGUCCGUUCGCUCUACCGAGCGGUCGCCAUCCUCCUCUUCCCUGUACUCACAUACCAACGACACUGCGUCGCAUUCCACUGCACGCACUCGCAACGGCUCUCCUUCUAGCGAAAGCAUUCCUGUCGAGCAGUUGCUGACGACAGAGGAUGAGGACAGUCCGUUCGCCUUUUCUGUCCCGCUGCUCCAACGACUUCAUGACCCCAAAAGCACCCGCGUGUUCCACGAACUGAACGGUUUGUCCGGUAUCUGCCAUGGGUUGCACGUCGAUCCCAACUACGGAAUUGAUUCCACUGAAACCCACUUUUCCAAAAAGGUUACUCUCGAUGAGGUGCACCACGCCGAGGUCCGCAACUCGCUCCAGGACUUCAAUGAAAAGCACGCUUCCUCGAACGGUUUCUCUUCGGGUUCCGACGACCACUCAAGUGUCGUGCCAGAGGAUUCGGACCGUGUUCGUGUGUAUGGUGCAAACCAGCUUCCAGAAACCCAGACGAAGGGUCUCCUGCGGCUGAUGCUCGAAGCUUUGAAGGAUAAGGUAUUGAUUCUUUUAUCGAUUGCCGCUGUUAUUUCACUUGCACUUGGACUCUAUCAAACGUUUGGUCAACCCCCAACCAUCGACCCCAUUACUGGCAAGCCUGAACCCCGUGUCGACUGGGUUGAGGGUGUUGCCCAUUAUUGCUGCAAUCUUGAUUGUCGUCGUCGUGGGCGGUUCGCAAACCAUUCUGUCGAAGUACUGCGGAAUGGACGAGUCAUGACUAUUUCUGUUUUCGAUCUCGUCGUCGGCGAUGUAGUGUUUUACGAAGCCGGCGAUGUUGUGCCUGCCGAUGGUGUCAUUAUUGAAGCCAAAAACACUGUUGUAGACGAGUCGGCCAUGACCGGUGAGUCUGAUACAAUUAAGAAAACUGAUGGUUUUACUGCUUUCAGCAACAGUUCCGCCGAUGUCGAAUUUAAUAAGAAGGCCGAUCCCUUCCUCAUCUCGGGCAGUACUGUCCUUGAGGGCGGCGGAAAGUAUAUCAUCACCGCCGUUGGUGUGAACAGUUUCAGUGGAAGUACCAUGAUGGCUGUCCGCGAGGAAGGCCAGGCUACUCCCUUGCAGAUUCGUCUUUCUCGCGUUGCCGAUACAAUUGCAAAACUUGGCGGUGGUGCUUCAAUGCUUCUCUUCUUCGCCUUAAUCAUCGAGUUCUUGGUGCGUUUGCGCAAUAAUCAUGAUUCUUCCAAGUCAAAAGGUCAGGAAUUUAUGCAGAUCCUUAUCGUUUCUAUUACUUUACUGGUUGUUGCGGUGCCCGAAGGUCUUCCUUUAGCCGUUACGUUGGCUCUUGCUUUUGCGACAAACAGAAUGCAAAAGGAUAACAAUCUCGUGCGUCACUUGCAGGCUUGCGAAACGAUGGGCACUGCUACCAAUAUCUGUUCCGAUAAAACUGGAACAUUAACACAAAACAAAAUGACGGUCGUUGCCGGUGGAUUUGGUACCUCUGUACGGUUUUUCAACAAUAAUACGGAUGUGGCAACGGACGACUCUGACGGUAACCUUUUUGAGGAAGCCGACUCAAGUUCUGCUGCCUUUAGAAACAUUGACGGUGAAUUCAGAGCCUUGCUUCUUGAUAGCAUAGCUCUAAACACUACCUGUCGCCAAGUAAAUGACGACAGUCUUCCUGCUCCUCGAUUUGUCGGUUCCAAAACUGAAAUGGCUCUGCUCGAUUUAGCGGUCAAGGAGUUGGAACUCGUUGAUGUGGAUAAGCUUCGUACCGAUGCCGAGGUUAUUCAGGUGUUCUCGUUUUCCUCCAAUCGCAAGGGUUCGGGUGUUGUUUACAAGAAGGGUGAUCAAUAUAUAUUCCUCGUCAAGGGUAUGCCUGAAAAGGUUAUCGGUCGUUCUACGCGAAUCAUCACUGGUCAUUCUCUUAGUGAUGAGGGUUCUAUGGAUGUUGACCGUGAUUAUGUGCAAAAAAUGAUUUCUGGAUACGCUUCUCGUUCCCUUCGUACACUCGGUUUUUGCUACCGCACUUUCCCUAGCUGGCCUCCGAAGGGUGCUAAUGUUUUCCAAGAGGAUGGAAAGACUUUAGCUCAUUGGGAUUCGGUUUUCAGUGAGAUGACUUUCUUGGCCUUUUUCGGAAUCGUUGAUCCACUUCGUCCCGAUGUGCCAAAUGCAGUUAAACAAUGUCAACAAGCCGGCGUCACUGUUCGAAUGGUCACCGGUGAUAAUGUUCUUACUGCCAAGGCUAUAUCUAAACAGUGCGGUAUUUUGCAAGAAGACAGUGUUUGCAUGGAAGGACCAGAAUUCCGGGAAAUGGAGGAUAAAAAGCGUAUGGAAUUGAUUCCUCGCUUACAUGUCCUGGCUCGUUCAUCUCCUCUCGACAAGCAGUUACUGAUUGAGAGUCUUCAAAGACUGAAUAAUGUUGUCGCCGUAACUGGUGAUGGUACAAAUGAUGCACCUGCUCUGAAGAAAGCUGACGUUGGUUUCUCCAUGGGUCAGUCGGGUACUGAAAUUGCAAAGGAGGCGUCUGAUAUCAUUCUUAUGGAUGAUAAUUUUUCGUCUAUUGUCAAAGCUAUUGCUUGGGGUCGUGCGGUUAAUGAUGCAGUGAAAAAGUUUUUGCAGUUUCAAAUUACCGUUAAUAUCACUGCUGUCUUUCUCACUAUAAUUUCCGCUCUGGCUUCUUCUGAUCAGACAUCUGUUUUGAGUGCCGUCCAGUUGCUUUGGGUGAAUCUCAUUAUGGAUACUCUGGCUGCUUUGGCUUUGGCUACAGACCCCCCAACUCCUGAAAUGCUUCAGCGUCCUCCGGAAGAGCCCAAUGCCUCGCUGUUUACGUUCGACAUGUGGAAGAUGAUAUUGUCACAGUCCGCUUUCCAGCUCGUGAUUACUCUUAUUCUUCACUUUGCUGGCAACUCGAUUUUCAAUUAUAGUUCCGAUUCUGGAGAAAUGAACACUAUUGUGUUCAAUACGUUUGUCUGGAUGCAAUUAUUCAACGAAGUGAACAACCGUCGUCUUGACAACAAGUUGAAUAUCUUUGAGCACAUCACGCACAAUUGGUUGUUUAUUGCAAUCUUCAUUCUCGUUGCAGCCAUUCAGGUCGUGAUUGUGUUCUUCGGCGGCGCUGCCUUUUCCAUCCACCGUAUUGAUGGUAAGGGUUGGCUGAUUUCUAUUAUCGCUGGCUUUGCUUCGAUACCUUUGGGUGUACUUGUGCGUUGUGUUCCCAAUUCUUUCAUCCGUCGUGUUCUGCCUAUCCCCUUGAUUGAUCGUGUUACGCAUUGGAUCUUGCAUCCUCGAUUCGGUGAGCGUUCUCUGAAACUGCCCGACCAUUUGCAAGAAGCAGACAUGGGCACUUAUGAGCCCGCAACGCCUAGUGAUGUUGUGGAGAUGCUUCGUGAGUCAUUGUCUUUUGUGAACAAAAUUCGUGGAGGUCGUAUUCGACACAUCUUCGAGCGGAAUGAAGACGCUUUUAAGAACUUGCCUCCUGGCGUGCGUCCAAGUUUGCAUCGGAGAAUCAUGCGUUUACGCACCCCAUCUGUGUCGUCCAUGACGAGCAUGGCACUUAUGGUGCCUUUCUCUACCCUUGUUAGUGAGGCCUCUGGCCGUUUGGGAGAUGAACGUAUAUGGACUACUCGGAGCGAAAGCUCUCGUUCUGACUAA